CGAAGGACAACUUCCGCUUCCGGUAUCGUGCUUGCGGGCCCGGUCAGUUGCGGCCGAAGAAUUGGGCGAUUCUGUGAGCACCGCAGGCGCCGUCCGUCAGUCCUCUUCCCGGUGAGGUCGGUCCUGAAGCCUCCGACGGGCUGCCCCCAAUCCACGCGUCUUGGGCUGGAAGGUUAAGACUUAUAGUUGAUAAGUGGCCGCCAUGGAGGCCAAAGAACAUAAGAAACACAGAAAGAAGCACAGUGGGCCUAAAGCUGAGAAGAAAAAGAAACGGUACCUGCAGGAUCUACAGCUUGGCGAUGAAGAGGAUGCCCGGAAGAGAAACCCUAAAGCUUUUGCCGUUCAGUCCGCUGUGCGGAUGGCUCGGUCCUUUCACAGGACUCAGGAUUUAAAGACAAAAAAGCAUCACAUUCCAGUGGUUGAUCGAACUCCACUAGAACCUCCACCGAUAGUGGUAGUGGUGAUGGGGCCCCCAAAAGUUGGAAAGAGCACUUUGAUACGGUGCCUCAUUCGGAAUUUCACCAGACAGAAGUUGACUGAGAUCAGAGGCCCUGUGACAAUUGUGUCAGGUAAAAAGCGCAGACUUACCAUUAUUGAAUGUGGGUGUGACAUCAAUGUGAUGAUUGAUCUAGCUAAAGUGGCAGAUCUGGUACUAAUGCUUAUAGAUGCCAGCUUCGGGUUUGAAAUGGAGACAUUUGAGUUUCUAAACAUCUGUCAAGUACAUGGCUUUCCUAAAAUUAUGGGAGUUCUCACCCAUCUAGACUCCUUCAAGCAUAACAAACAACUAAAGAAGACAAAGAAGCGGUUAAAGCAUAGGUUCUGGACAGAAGUCUACCCGGGUGCCAAGCUGUUCUACCUUUCUGGAAUGGUACAUGGCGAGUAUCAGAACCAAGAGAUUCACAACUUGGGCCGAUUUAUUACAGUUAUGAAGUUUAGGCCUCUCACAUGGCAAACAUCUCAUCCGUACAUCCUGGCAGACAGGAUGGAAGAUUUGACAAACCCUGAGGAUAUCCGCACAAACAUCAAGUGUGACCGAAAGGUGUCUCUUUAUGGUUAUUUACGAGGAGCCUACCUGAAAAAUAACAGCCAGGUUCACAUGCCAGGCGUAGGAGAUUUUGCUGUCAGCGAUGUCAGUUUUCUCCCAGACCCCUGUGCUCUUCCGGAACAGCAAAAGAAGCGCUGUUUGAAUGAGAAGGAGAAGCUGGUCUAUGCGCCGCUCUCUGGAGUUGGAGGUGUGCUGUAUGACAAGGAUGCUGUCUAUGUCGACCUCGGUGGUAGCCAUGGCUUUCAGGAAAUGGAGGAAGCAGGCCCUACGCAUGAACUGGUCCAGAGUCUCAUCUCCACCCAUGCCAGUAUCGAUGCCAAGAUGGCUUCAAGCAGAGUGACACUUUUUUCUGAUUCCAAACCUCUGGGGUCAGAAGAUAUAGAUAAUCAAGGGCUGUGGAUGCCAAAAGAGGAAAAGCAACUGGACGUAAAGACUGGCCGCGUACGUCGGAAAGCCAUUUUUGAGGACAUGGAAGAUGAGUCUGGAGAUGAAGAGAGUGAGGAUGAAGAAAUGUGUGAAGGGGACAGAAUGGAAAAUGGCUCCAGCGACGACGAAGCUGAAGGGGAAGAGGACGGGGCUGAAACCACCGACUGUAAAUACAUGUCUGUUAGGGGACGCAAAAGGCCAAAACUCGAGGAGCAGGAAGAAGAUAGCGAUGCGGACUUGCCAGCGUUUGCUGAUAGCGACGACGAUCUCGAGAGGAGCUCUGGGGAAGAGGAGGCAGCAGAGGAAGCGGACGAAAGCAGUGAAGAUGGAGACUCUUCUGCAGGAGAGAGAGACGAUGGGGAUUCCAAAUCUGUUGGAGGAGACAGUGGGGCAAGACUGUCAGCAUCUCAUCAGUGGAGGGACCGUCUGGAUGGAGAGAAGCCGUCCCUAGUGACAAAAGCAGCCCUCACCACUUCUGACUCUGGUCACUGUACAGCCGAAGAGGCUUGUCCAUCUGAAGACGAGUCUGAAGCCUCCGAGCUGAGUUCAGAGGAGGAAGACUCAGAAUGCAGAGGCAUUGUCAGGGGAAAGCCUGCAAGUCAUCACGGGGGCAGUGGGCAGAAACUCGAGUCAGAGAACCUGGUUGAUGAGACCAGUGACAUUGAAAACUUACUCGGAGAGGAAGAGGAUCACAAGGAAGAGAACAGCAGCUCUGUAGAAACGUCAGGUGCCCUCAAGUGGAAGGAAGAUCUUUCCAGGAAGGCAGCAGAGGCCUUUCUGAGACAGCAACAAGCAGCUCCAAAUCUUCGAAAGCUGGUGUAUGGGACAGUGACAGAGGAUAAUGAAGAUGACGAUGGAGAUGCUGUAGAAGAACUUGGAGGGCUGUUCCGUGUCAGCCAGCCGGAUCGCGGCGGGUGUAAGCACAAGGCUGACUCUCUGGACUGCUCUCGGUUCCCUGUGGAGGCGCCUCGCGACUGGGAUCUGGAGGAGGUUAUGAACAGUAUCAGAGAUUGCUUUGUGACGGGGAAGUGGGAAGAUGAGAAAGAUGCCGCCAAGAUCCUAGCAGCAGAUGAGGAGCUUUAUGGGGACUUCGAAGACCUAGAAACAGGGGACGUGCACAAGGGAAAACCGGGCCCGGAUACUCAGAGUGAAGAUACAGAAGAAGACAUUAAGGAAGAAAAUGACCCAAAUGAGGAGGAAAGUGCCAAGAAGAAGCACCUGAAUAAGAAGAGGAAGUUGAAGGAGCUGUUUGAUGCGGAGUACGAUGGGGGAGAAAGCACGUAUUUCGAUGACCUUAAGGGUGAAAUGCAGAGACAAGCGCAGCUUAACCAUGCUGAAUUUGAAGACCAAGAAGAUGAAACUAGAGUUCAGUAUGAGGGUUUUCGACCUGGAAUGUAUGUUCGAAUUGAGAUUGAAAACAUCCCCUGUGAAUUCGUGCAGAACUUCGACCCACACUACCCAAUUAUUCUGGGUGGUUUGGGCAAUAGUGAGGGCACUGUGGGAUAUGUGCAGAUGCGCCUCAAGAAACAUCGCUGGUAUAAGAAAAUCCUCAAGUCUCGAGAUCCAAUUAUUUUUUCUGUAGGAUGGAGGAGGUUUCAGACAAUCCCACUGUACUAUAUUGAAGACCACAAUGGCAGACAGAGGCUUCUAAAAUACACCCCACAGCACAUGCAUUGCGGAGCAACUUUCUGGGGUCCCAUAACCCCACAAGGAACUGGAUUUUUGGCAAUACAGUCUGUCAGUGGUGCGAUGCCUGACUUUCGGAUUGCUGCGACUGGAGUUGUCCUUGACCUGGAUAAAUCCAUAAAAAUUGUGAAGAAAUUAAAGCUAACUGGUUUUCCUUUUAAAAUAUUCAAGAAUACUUCAUUUAUUAAGGGAAUGUUUAACUCUGCCUUGGAAGUAGCCAAAUUUGAAGGUGCUGUCAUUCGAACUGUCAGUGGAAUAAGGGGACAAAUCAAGAAAGCGCUCCGGGCUCCAGAAGGAGCGUUCCGGGCCAGCUUUGAGGACAAGUUGUUAAUGAGUGAUAUUGUUUUCAUGCGGACUUGGUAUCCUGUCUCCAUCCCGGCCUUCUAUAACCCUGUAACAUCUUUGCUGAAACCCGUGGGUGAGAAAGACACCUGGUCAGGGAUGCGGACAACAUAUCAGCUGAGGCUUGCCCAUGGCAUCAAACUGAAGCCAAACAAGGACUCACUCUAUAAGGUAAGGAAGGGUCUGUGUGUCUGUGUGUCUGUGUGUCUGUGUUUCUAGCAGCAUCACUCGGGCUUUAUUUGUACUAUUUUUAGUUUUUAUGGCACCAGAGAUCAAACCAAAUACCAACCCUGUAAUGUCCCAUUUAUAUGACUUGUAUUUUCAAUUAUAAAGUCAGGUGCUAAGUCUGAUUUGAACAAUAAUAUAUUUGUUUGCUGUUUUGGGGGAAGAACACAGAAAAAUGAUGCCGGUGGUUUUCUCAGAAUUGGAAAUGAAAUUAGAAUAUUUUGUAAAAUCAUAGUGUUCUAUUUGAGAAUUACCAAUGACAUUGUGAGAUGCAUGUGGAUUUGGUAAGGUGCUUACUUACCAUGGGUGAAGCAGAUGAACAUUUCUACCAUUUCAUCCCCUUGCUCAAAUACUUUACAAAAAUCCCAAACAUGAAACAUUUGUAUGAACCAUGGUUCUUGUGUGUAUCAGAUCUCUUCUGCUCUGGGCAUUGUCACACUGGCCCCGCAUUUCUGUCAUUUUGUAUUUUCUCACCUCUGUCUCCCUGUUCUCAUCACUCAUUUUGUUUCCUUAGAAGAGAUGCUUGCUCAGGUGUUUGCCCAUUGUUUUAGAUAGGUUGUUUUGGAGGAACUUCUGGGGGUUGGGGGCGGGGCCUUCACCCAUUGACACUGUUAUCAUUGUUAGACUGAACUGGUUCCCGGCCCUGCUUAUUUGUUUUGUGUGAUUUGCUGUGAGAGCCCUUUUUAAAGCCCUGGUCCUAACCCCUUUCAGGUAGGCAGCUCACAAAUAUUCUUUUCCUGUUUAGCGUUUGCUUUUACAUUUUGUAGAUUGUUCUGUGGUGCAGUGCAGAAGCUUUUUACUUUAAUGUCAUUUCCCUUUGGGGUUUUGUUUCUUUCUGGUGUGACACCCAGAAAAAAAUCUAGGCAAUUUUUUCCUGGAAAACAUUUAGGGUUUGGGUCUAAUGCUGAGCCAUUUUGAGUUUAUUUAGCUGUAGGUUUAAGAACUUACUUCUAUACUUUAAGUGAGAUACAGUUUUCACAUUUCUUGACAAGGUUAUCUUGUAUCCUUGCUUGCCUUUGCAUAGUUGACCACAUGGAUCUGGAGUCAUUUCUGUGCUCUCCCUUCCAUACUAAUAGUCUGUUUCUAUUUUCAUUACUAUAGCCUAGUAAUACAAGUUUCUAAAGACUUUAAUAUAUUCUUUGGCAAUGCAUGUGCAUUUAUAUUACAUAAUAUAAUAUAAUUAUAUAUGUGAGUAUAUGCUGUAGUUAGAAUUUCCUUUGGUCUGCUCCCAGCUCCCGAAGACUUAUUAUUAGUAAUGAAAGCUCAACCUUAGCUUAGACUUGUCCCACUAGCCCUUUUUUAA